AUGGCCUGUGCCCCUGCAGUGCCUGGUGGUGCCCUGUGUCAGCGACUCUUCACAGUGAUGCGGCAAGGAUUCACCCAUUCUGAGGAGCUCUCUGUGAAAAUGCAUUUGUUUGGACUUUUUGUGUUCCUGCCGAGGAUGAAGCCUGCCGCCAGCGGCGCUGCAGAUCCUCCAUCAUCGUCAACAUCAUCAGCAGACAAUAACGCAGGGAGGAGGAGGCAGCACCGGGCUCCCUCGCCGGCCAGAGCCCAGGAAGGGACGAGCAAGCGAGCAUCCAGACACCCAGGCAGGUGCAGACCUCCGCUUGUCGCAGGAAGGAGCAGAAACGUCGGGGUGAAGCAGAGUCUGAGGUCCGCAGACGGAAGGGAGAGGGAGCCCGAGAGCCGCGGAGGAGCAGCUGUUCACCCGGAUGGUGCUGAAGCUGAUCUAGUCAGACCAAACAGGGCGGAUGCUGUCGCGGAAGAUCCGACAGAUUCGUCAGCAGCGGCCCGUCGCUCCACUUUACGCUUACCCUGCUUUAGUGGUGACUCUAACCAGCGUUUGCUGUCCGGCAGAGCCUCGUCUACCUUUUCGGUGAAAGCGAAAGAGAAGAAACCCGGAGAGGAAGAGACGAGGGAGGAGGAGGAGGAGGAGGAGGAGCGCAGAUACAGGGAGAGAACCGGCGUUCCCGUGGGCUGCGGAGCGGGCCUCGGUUUGGGUUUGUGGAGAGGGGGAUGCUUACAGGCUGAACUGAUCCACUACCAUCUGCAGAAGAGACUCAAGAAAAGCGGUGCGAAGAUGCAAACCAAGGCAACCAACAUGGGCACAGAGGAGGCCGCUCAGGGAGAGCUGGAGCCGGCUGCAGAGGCGACAGAGGCGGGGUCCGUGACACAGCAGGACCAGGCCCUACAGGACGAGAUGGAGAGACUGCUGGAGGAAAAUGAAGAUCUCAAGUGUGAGAUUGAAGAGAUGAGGACAGAGAUGGACGAGAUGAGAGACACUUUCUACGAGGAAGACACUUGUCAGCUGCAGGAGAUGAGGCGUGAGCUAGAGAGAGCCAAUAAAAACUGCCGGAUCCUGCAGUACCGUCUGAGGAAGGCUGAGAGGAAGAGGCUGCGCUACGCCCAGACGGGAGAGAUCGAUGAGGAGCUGCUCAGGAGUCUGGAGCAGGACCUGAAGGUAGCGAAGGAUGUGUCUGUGAGGCUGCACCAUGAGCUGGAAAAGGUGGAGGAGAAACGCACAAAGACAGAAGAGGAGAAUGAAAAACUGAGACAGAAACUCAUCGAGGUGGAAGUGACCAAACAAGCUCUGCAGAAUGAACUGGACAAAACCAAAGAGUCUCAAAAGAGAAGAGGAAGCAAGGACAUCCAGAAAACCGAUAAGAAAGCAGCACAGACUCCUACUGAGGAGGACAAUGAGGACCUUAAGUGCCAGCUAGCCUUCAUCAAAGAGGAAGCUGUGCUAAUGAGAAAGAAGACAGCCAAGAUUGACAAAGAGAAGGACCGACUGGAGCAAGAGCUGCAGAAGUACCGCUCCUUCUAUGGAGAACUGGACAGCACCCAUCCUAAAGGAGAGGCCGGGGGACCGCCCACCACCCGCGAGUCAGAGCUGAAGCUACGGCUCCGCCUGGUGGAAGAGGAGGCCAACAUCCUGGGGAGGAAGAUAGUUGAGUUGGAGGUUGAGAACCGAGGCCUGAGGGCUGAGCUUGAUGACCUCCGCGGUGAAGGAGAAGGAGCUGGGAGCUCUGGGUGUGGAGCGAUGGGUGGGCCAGGCUCAGGGCGAGGCCUGGGGGAGGAUCUGACGGAGCUCCGACAGCAGCUGCAGUUGGUGGAGGACGAGGCAGAGCUUCUGAGGAGGAACCUAGCUGAUGCUGAGGAACAGAACACGAGGGUGACUGCAGAGCUGAACAAGUUACGGUUCAAAGCCGGCACCCACGAGGGAGGCGGCAGGCAUGGAGGAGGAGGGGUCACAGGAGGUUCAGGGAUUGAUGUAGCAAAGGCAGAAGCCCUGCAGGAGGAGCUGAAGGCAGCAAGGCUACAGAUUAAUGACCUAAGUGGAAAGGUAAUGCAGCUGCAGUACGAGAACCGUGUGCUCCUCUCCAACAUGCAGCGUUAUGACCUGGCCUCCCAUCUGUCCCUGCGGCCCAGCCCACGUGACAGCGACGCUGAGAGUGAUGCCGGUGGUGCGACAAGCGGCCGUCGUGAGAGCGACGAAGACUCCACCUCUUCCCGUCUCGUCCCACCUCACCGCAAACGUGAGGGCCCUGUAGGUGGAGAAAGUGACUCAGACGAGGUCAGAAACAAUAACGGCAGCAGCCGUUGCCUGACGCCCACACGGGGCCUCUACACCCCCACCGGACCCGAGGGUGCCGCCUCUUCUGCCUUGUCCCGCUUCCUACCCGGUGGCCGGUGCAGUUUGCGCGACAGGCAACAAAUGAUUGACAUCCGCGUGGAGGCAGAGAGGCUUGUUCGGACCAUCGACCGGCUCAUCGCUGACACGGCCACCAUCAUCUCAGAGGCAAGGGUCUACGUUUCCAAUGGCGACCUGAUGCUUGGGAUAGGAGGGGAGGAUGGUGGAGAGGAAGAUGGGGGCAGGAUAAGGGAACAUGAGCUACUGUAUCGCAUUAACGCCCAGAUGAAGGCCUUCAGAAAAGAGCUACAGGCCUUUAUAGACAGACUGGAAGUGCCAAGGCUGGAGGACAGGGACACAGAGGAGCCACUGUCGAUGUUCCAGCCCAUCAUUUUGCUCAUCCUCAUCCUCGUGUUAUUCUCAUCCCUCUCUUACGCCACCAUCUUUAAACUCGUCUUUCUUUUUACUCUUUUCUUUGUUCUGUGAUGUACGCCUCCCUUAAUCACAUCAUCCCUCGUUUGUUUCUUUUGCUCUGUUGAUUUUCUUUCCUCCCCACAUCAUUUGUUGCCAAGGUAACCGAAAGCACAGAAAAAAAACUCAGCACUUGCCACGGCUGCACUCACAUUCAGCGAACUGUGGCUAGAUUCAACACUGGAGUCUACAAUACCCAUAAAACAUCACUGUCUGCAUCGGUCCCUUGAGAAGUGUUUCAAGGUCAUCGAUCAUUCCCGCCCCUCAUCGUUAACCCUAGGGUGACCUCUGACAGAAAAGUGAAAGGGGAAAUUGCCAUUUGAAGAGA